AUGGCGUCCGGAGCUACUUCUUCCUCAGUCCUCAGCCUGCUCCUGCUCGCUGCCUUUGCGGCCAGCGCAAGAGCGGCCACGUUCACGAUCACCAACAACUGCGGCUCGACGGUGUGGCCGGCGGCCACGCCCGUGGGCGGCGGCACGCAGCUGGACCCUGGGCAGUCGUGGACCGUGAACGUGCCGGCGGGGACCCAGUCCGGCAGGGUGUGGGGCCGCACGGGAUGCUCCUUCAACGGCGGCAGCGGGAGCUGCCAGACAGGCGACUGCGGCGGCGCGCUCUCCUGCACGCUGUCCGGGCAGCCUCCCAUGACGCUGGCCGAGUUCACCAUCGGCGGCAGCCAGGACUUCUACGACAUCUCGGUUAUCGACGGCUACAACCUCGCCAUGCGAUUCUCCUGCAGCACCGGCGUGACCCUCAACUGUGGCAGCUCCAGCUGCCCCGACGCCUACCUCUUUCCCAACGACAACACCAAGACCCAUGCCUGCAACGGCAACAGCAACUACCAGGUGACCUUCUGCCCAUGA